CAUAGAAGGAGAAAAGAAGACUUCGGAGUCUACUCCGCGUGAAGGCAUGACUAAAUAUUUAAUUUCCUCCACCAUCCUCCCUUCCAUUUUCCAUCUUAUCGAUGAUCAUCUGAAGCAUCCUAGCUGGAAGAGGUUAUGGCGGAAUUCGAUAUUGGGCCUUCUGUGCGACCGCUGUUGGACAGUGAAGAUAGCACCAUCUACCUAGAUGUGGACGAAGAAGAUAGUGGCAAUACUGUUGAUGGCUUCACUCAACAGGUAGAAAACAAAGAUCAGAGACAACUAUAUACGAGUUCUAUAUACAAUAAAUAUUUAUAUUCCUGAAGGAUAUUUAUUUUGAUCUCUACCAACAAACACUGGUCUUUUGAAACAGAUUUUUAGUGAUCAUAGCUCCAUUCAAUCCAAUGUUUGUUUACCUCUUCCACUGGAAACUGAGAAUUCUGUUUACUUCGAUGCUCAAGAAGAUAUGCAAAACGGUGUGGAUGCCUUGAAUCGAAGGGAUAUAAUCGUGGAAAGGAGUUUGCUUAUCAUAAAUUUCGCAGUGGAGCUUCCAUCAGCCGUUUUUGAUCAGCUAUCAUCAGUGCACAAACCCCAAUAUGCACUGCUUAGUAUGUUAAUGUCAUUAGCAACCAUGCUGUUCUCCAUCAUUGACCUUGCUGAUAAGGGUAGAAAAGAAAGAGUUGAAUGGAUGGUGAGAGGUUAUUUACCUUGGUUUUACUCCCCAUAUCCAAAUUACAAGCCUCUGGGGACAUACUCAGACAUUGUUGGAUUAGUCUGUGGAAUCUUCCAAUGGGUUUUUGCAACUACAGCUUAUGCCUUUCUGUCCCAUCACUCUGAUAACCCUGUCAAAUUCUCAGCUUGGCCUCUAAUAUUUGCCUUUGGUGCAUUGUUUUCAAGAUUUCCAAGGAAUCCACACACAAGAGUCGUAGUCCGUGAACGCUUAGAAAUUCAUCAAUGCAGCCCUGAGUCCCCAUCCCCAUCUCCAUCCCCAUUAAAUGGUCUACGUGCCCUCCAGCUCCUGGAACUGGAACAUAUACCAUCUCAUGUAGGAGUUCUGAAUCUUCGUGAGUAUAUCUGUUGUGACUUGGCUACAACAGAACAGAAGAAAGGGGGAAGAAAUAGAAGAAAGAAGAGAAGGAAAAGAAACAAGUAUAACAGAGAAGAGAAAGAUCAAGAGAUGUAUUAUGAAAAUGUAUUAUUAAUGUAUGAUGACUUCAGAUUGAAUUAAUUUCAGAAUUUUUAGGGUUACUAUGUUGUAAAUUAUGAUUUUCAGAGGAAAAAUAAAAUCUUAAAUACUAGGUGCACAUACCCGAUCAA